AUGGCAUCACAAAACAUAGGCUUCUCCGGAUCUACCGCCGCAACGAUCAACAAACUCUCCCGAGUUAUUAAAGAAGUUGACACCAGCGCCCCUGCUUCCAUCCGCGACCACCGUCGCUACCUGUACCUUGUCGAGCGUCUUGGAAACGAGAUGAGAGGUCAAGUGAACUUUUGGAAAACUCUCGACCCUCGUUGCAGCUCUGAUAGUUCUAUUAUGGCUGAUGUUGACAAAGAACUAGAUAUACCACCUCAUCGCCACCAGGGCCUAACACCUCCGCAGCAAGUUGGUGCCGUAUAUGGUGAUUUUCCAGAAAUGCCACCAUCACGACCUUUCGAGGAGUGGGCGCGUAUAUUGGAUUUUGUGCAACCGUCUCAGUAUACGGCAACACCGUCAUCUCCGCCUAGGAGUGCAGCGCGACCUGAGCAUCGUGCGUCGGCAGAGAGUCAAGAGGAACAUGCCUAUGCUUCUCCCAAUCAAGAGGCACAGAGGGUACGCAUGGAGGCUGGAAUUGAAGGCCGCGAUGCUUAUCUCGGAAGUAGCCAAGACAUAGCGGUGGACUAUCCGUCGAGCCAAUCACGGGAAGACGAGUGA